AUGGGGGAUGAUGUGCAGGGUGUGUUCCCAGUCACUCUCAGAUCCUCCCAGUAUGAGUCCAGUCCCUCCCAUGCACCCAGGCCCUUUGCAAUAAACCGCAAGUUCCACAGCCUGGCUUCAGAGAUCUCUCGUCUCCGUCCGUCCCGACCGUGCUACCCCCCACCGCUCCUACAAACGUGCUCAUCCCUUGUUUUCCCCAAACCAGGAUUUCCCAUUGCCAAGCCCUGGGAGGCUGCGAGGAAGAGGAAGAUGCCCCGGGACACUGAGGCAGAGCAGGAGCUGAGCAUGGAGAGCAGGGAGGACAAAUGCCCGCGGCAGAACCUGGUGGAAGAGGCCGUUUUGAGCGGCUCCACGGCGCAGGAAGCCAACGGGGAGGAAAAGGCCCGGAGAUGCCGCACGAGGAGGGGCUGCAAACGCAGCUGGCGGGGAUGUGAGGGGGAAAGAGCCAGCCUGGGCCGGGAAGGCGGCCGCAGAUGGAGCCAGAGCUCGGAGCUGGUGCUCCAUGAGCAGCUCCAUGAUGGGGAGAAGCCCCACACGUGUGGGGAGUGUGGGAAGAGCUUCAGGUGGAACUCCAACCUGAUCAGGCACCAGAGGAUCCACACUGGGGAACGGCCCUACGAGUGUGGGGAGUGUGGGAAGAGCUUCAGGUGGAGCUCCACCCUGAUCAAGCACCAGAUCCACACUACACUAGAAGCCCUACGAAGUGUGGAGUGUGGGAAGAGCUUCAGCCAGAGCUCCAACCUGAUCAAGCACCAGAGGACCCACACUGGGGAGAAGCCCUACGAGUGUGGGGAGUGUGGGAAGAGCUAGCAGAGCUCCAGCCUGAUCAAGCACCAGAGGACCCACACUGGGGAGAGGCCCUACGAGUGUUCCGAGUGUGGGAAGUGCUUCACAUUCAUAUCACACCAGAACCCACACUGGAAGCCCUACAAGUGUUCAAAUGUAGGAAGAGGUUUCAAGACCAGCUCCCAUCUCCUCCAGCACUAUCGGAUUCACACAGAGGAGAGGCCCUUCCAAUGCCCCGACUGUGGGAAGGGAUUCAAGCACAACUCCACCCUCAUCACCCACCAGCGCAUCCACACAGGGGAGAGGCCCUACGAGUGUGAUAAAUGCAGGAAGAGGUUUCAGACCAGCUAUCUCCUCCAGCACUAUCGGAUUCACACAGAGGAGAGGCCCUUCCGCUGCCCCGACUGUGGGAAGGGAUUCAAGCACAACUCCCACCUCAUCACCCACCGGCGCAUCCACACUGGGGAGAGGCCCUACGAGUGUCCCCAGUGUGGGAAGAGCUUCUCCAGGAGCUCUAACUUGACCCAACACCAACGGAGGCACCACUAAGGGAAGCCCUGCGAGUGCCCCGAGUGCGGGAAGAGCUUCGUGCGCUGCUCCAGCUCCAUCCCCCACUGGAGGAGGCACUUUGGGCACAGCCCUGGUCACUCACAUUCCCUGUGAUCCAUGUUGGGAACACACCUGGCUGCUUCUCCUUUUGGUUUGGCCUUAAUUUUUUUCUUCUCCAUGUCU